AUGGCAGAGGGUGUCGUGUUGGAUGGUAACMGGACAAAGACAAUCGACACGGAUUCUAGGUCUGUACUUACAAACAAUAUUACGACAACACAUUGCUUUGUUCGACACUCAGACCAUCGCCGGCGACGUCGCCGGCCGGAUGUCUGCUGUGCUGACACUGUUCUUGUUGAAGAUGCUGAAAAGGUCAUUUCACACCCGCCCAUCAACCCGAACCCGAAGGACACCGGGUUUCUGAAUUUGGGUUUUCCGGUUGCAGACAAUUUCGACGUCGUUUUGAUGAUUGUCGGAACGGUGGCCGCCGUCGGCAACGGGCUGUCGCAGCCGGCGGUGAUUCUCAUUUUUGGAGAGCUUGUUAAUUCCUUCGCCUUCUCCGUUAACAAUUCCGUCACGAAGGAAGUGACUAAGACAAUUGCUUUGGCUGGUGAAGGUGGGAGUGGAAAAUCAACUAUUAUUAAUCUGAUAGAGAGAUUUUAUGAUCCUGACGAAGGUUGUGUUCUUCUCGAUGGAAUAGAUAUAAAAAGACUCAAACUUAGUUGGUUGAGACAACAAUUAGGUUUGGGACAUGCCACUGAGGAAGAGAUAAUUUUAGCAACGAAACUAGCUAAUGCACACAACAUAUAUUCAUUGCCUAAUGGCUACGACACCGUUGUGAGCGAAAGAGGUAUGCAGUUAUCUGGAGGACAAAAGCAGCGGAUAGCCAUUGCAAGGGCCAUAUUGAAGGAUCCGAAAAUCCUUUUGCUUGAUGAAGCAACAAGCGCACUCGACACUGAGUCAGAGCAUGUUGCACAAGAUGCAUUAGAAACAGUGAUGGUGAAUAGAACAACCGUCAUUGUUUCUCACCGACUCACUACCAUCAAAGGAGCUAACAUUAUAGUAGUGAUGAAGAAUGGGGAGAUCAUUGAAAAAGGAACGCAUGAAACUUUGAUGAAAAACACGGAUGGGACAUGUGCAUCUUUGUUGGUCCUUCAUAUGGGUUCUUGA